AGCUCACUGCACACCACCACCAUUACUAGCUGCUACUCAAAGAGGAAAGGAAGCAUCUUGAUCUCGAGAGGUAGGGUCCAGCAGGAGCGAGCAGCUCAGAGAGCUCAGAGCGCGCGGCGAGCCAUGGAGAAGACGCCGGAGAAUGCGAGCCAGGCGGCGCCACUGAAGCUGUUUGGGUCGUGGGCGAGCUCGUACACGCACCGCGUGCAGCUGGCGCUGCGGCUCAAGGGGCUGGAGUUUGAGUACGCGGAGGAGGACCUCGGGAGCAAGAGCAACGAGCUGCUGCGCCACAACCCCGUGUACAAGAAGGUGCCCGUGCUCGUCCACGGCGGCCGCGCGCUCCCGGAGUCCGUCAUCAUCCUGCAGUACCUCGACGACGCCUGGCCGGAGACCCGCCCGCUCCUCCCCGCCGACGCCUUCGACCGCGCGCUCGCGCGCUUCUGGUGCCACUUCGCCGACGACAAGCUCGGGCCGGCGGUGGGCGCAGUGUUCGCGUCGAUGGGGGAGGACCAGGAGGCUGCGGUGCGCCAGGUGCACGAGAACCUUGCCCUGAUCGAGGCGGAGCUCCGCGACGGCGCGUUCAAGGGCCGGCGCUUCUUCGGCGGCGACGAGGUGGGCCUCCUGGACGUCGUCCUGGGGUGCGGCUCCUACUGGCUCGCCGUGUUCGAGGAGGUGACCGGGGUGCGCCUCGUGGACGCCGACGCGUUCCCGCUCUUCCACGCCUGGCUGCGCGACUUCGAGGCCCUGGACGAGGUCCGCGAGACCAUCCCCGCCGUCGACCGCCUGCUCGAGUACGCCCGCGGCGUGCGCCACAUGCUGCUCGGCCUCGCCGGCGCCGGCGCCGCGGCCGCGUCCGCCGCCGCCGCCGCCCCCGCCGAGGCCCCAGCCGCGCCGGCGCCGGCGCCCGCGGCGGACAUCGCCGUGGACAUCUGAUCGUCCCGCGGGACGCCGUCGGGCGCCUGCCGGCGCCGUCCGGCUGCUGGUGAUCAGUCGCUAGCUAGCUAGUACCAGUGUAGUUUGCCGUGUCGAUGGCGCCAUGUGUUGGUGACUGCUGAGGCUGCGUGCCCACCUGAAGCGCGCGCCUCUGCUGCCACCGCAGUUCAAUGGCGCAGUCUGUCUAGGUGUCCAGUUUGUUUCCUCAACUCCGUCGUCGUCGUUGUCGUCAGUCGUGUUAGCGUCUGUCUGCUGCGGGUCGUUCUUGUGGCUGGGAAUCUUAUGUGUAUCUACUAGUAAUCUAGCGGUUUAGCUUGCUCUUGUUUAAAUGUUAGCCAUGUGCCCCUGGUUCAUUUCUUCUAGUAAGUUUCAGCGUACCAA